GUUGAUAGUACGAGAACUUGUAUCAUUGUACACAAUUUUAUUUGUAUGUAAUUGCUAUGAAUUAAUUUUAAAACUAUAUUAUACAAAAAAUAUAUUUCGUUUAGUAAGAUUUCAUACGUGCACAUCUCAAGGAAAAUCAUAUUCAGAGAUCUCUUAAUACUUAAUAAUUAAGAAAUAGAUAAAGUAGAUAAAAUAUUUAUUUCGGAUGUUCUUUAACUAUUUGAUAUAAGGACAGGCUGCAUAUACAGAAGAGAAUGGAAGAAUAGCACGAGAUUGGUGGACCAAAAUGAGAGGUGGCGGGGAUCUCGAAGAAAUACAAUCUUCAUGAACAGAAUUUUCAAAUGCCAGUUGAUCGGUUCAUGUGUAAACCAUCGCAUUAUAUUUCCAGCGUAACCUUAAUUUCGUGAAAAGCUUGUAUGGUCAUUUUGAAAUACGCAAAACACGCGAAAUAUAUAUAUUUUUUAAUUUACUUUCUUAAUUAUCAAUUGAAUUCACUUUUUCAAAAUAGUGUCUAUAAUGGAGAAAAUCAGAAAAACAUCCACAGAAGAAAGCCUGCGUUUCAUCAGGCAAUCGCUGAAGUCGGAUGAAAUGGAUCAUCUCGAAGGUACCCAUUUUGACGGAUUAUACCCCCAUGUGUUUGUUACGCUCGGAGCUUCUGGUGAUCUGGCGAAAAAGAAAAUCUACCCAACGCUAUGGUGGUUAUUCAGAGACAAUCUUCUACCAAAAACCACUACAUUCUUCGGUUACGCGCGCACGAAUAUGACCGUGUCCCAAUUGAGAGAGAAAUGCCAUCCGUAUAUGAAAGUGAAACCAGAUGAGCAAGAAAAAUACGAGGAGUUUUGGAAAUUGAAUCACUAUGUCUCUGGCAUGUACGACUCGCAGAAAGGAUUCGAGGUGCUGAACAAUGAACUGAGGCAAUACGAGCGAAAUUAUCAAAUCGCUCACAGAUUAUUUUACUUGGCCUUGCCGCCGAGUGUUUUUGAAAGCGUAACCGUACAUAUUAGGAAUGUCUGUAUGGGUGACAAAGGAUGGACCAGAGUGAUUAUAGAGAAACCAUUUGGUCGUGACGCGACUACAUCGCAACAGUUAUCCGACCAUCUAGCAUCGUUAUUUGGAGAAGAUCAAAUUUAUCGUAUUGAUCAUUACCUGGGCAAAGAGAUGGUUCAGAAUCUAAUGACCCUGCGAUUUGGUAAUCGAAUAUUCGGCCCAACCUGGAACAGAGACAACAUAGCUUCGGUACAAAUUACAUUUAAAGAACCGUUUGGCACGCAAGGAAGAGGCGGCUAUUUCGAUGAAUUUGGCAUCAUUAGGGAUGUGAUGCAGAACCAUCUGUUGCAAAUUUUAUCGUUGGUUGCGAUGGAAAAGCCCGCGUCUUGUCAUCCGGAUGAUAUCCGAGACGAGAAAGUGAAAGUGUUGAAGUGCAUAAAGCCUCUGGUGUUGGAGGAUGUUGUACUGGGUCAGUACAUUGGUAAUCUAGAGUCCAAUGAUCCUGAUGGUCAACUUGGCUAUUUGGAUGAUCCUACUGUACCAGCUGGUUCUAAUACUCCCACGUUUGCUCUCGCCGCGUUGAGAAUUAAUAACGAACGAUGGGACGGGGUUCCAUUUAUCCUUAAAUGUGGGAAAGCAUUAAAUGAACGGAAGGCAGAAGUUAGAAUACAAUACCAGGACGUACCUGGUGAUAUAUUCGAUGGAAAAGCAAAGAGGAAUGAAUUGGUAAUUAGGGUACAACCAGGUGAAGCGUUGUACAUUAAAAUGAUGACAAAAUCGCCUGGUAUUACAUUCGAUAUGGAGGAAACAGAGUUAGAUCUUACAUAUGGUUAUAGAUACAAGCAUCUGAAGCUUCCGGACGCAUAUGAACGACUAAUAUUGGAUGUAUUUUGUGGCUCACAAAUGCAUUUUGUACGUAAUGAUGAACUUUCGGAAGCAUGGAGAAUUUUCACACCUCUGCUUCAUCGAAUAGAAAAAGAAAAAAUCAAUCCAAUUCCGUAUAAAUAUGGUUCACGAGGACCUAAAGAAGCGGAUGAAAUGGCAAAGACAAAUAACUUCCUCUAUUAUGGUUCGUACAAAUGGGUGAAACCAUAAAUAAAAUUUUUAUAAAAUGUAAAAUGUACAUACAUACUAUGUAGAUCGCAAAAAAUUAUACCACAUCUGUGAUCAUUCCAUAUAUUAUACAUCAAAAUGUAUAAACGUGAUCUGAAAUUUUAUACAAACAUUCCAACUAAUUUAUAUAUUUAAUUUAUUAAGAAAUUGAAUUCAUUUACUUUUCGAAACAUUUCCUAAGUGUAAAAUUUGUUUUACUAGUUAAAGUGUGUACAGAUAAUAUUAUAUGAGUUGAAAUAAGCUUUGGACAUAUGGUAAAUAUGCACAUGAAAAGUAAUAUCUAUAAAUAAAAUGUGACUGUUUCAUUUUUAAACAUAUAUCAUUCCAGGGAACAAUUUGUAAUAGAUACAAAAUAUUUUAUAUCUAUAUAUAUUAUACACAUAUCUUUAUAUAAUAAAUGCAAUUUGUAGAUAAUUUUUUAAAAACUUUUCCGAUUUAAAAAUUACAACUUUUAUGUAGAUCAUAAUUUUAUUUACUUUUGAUGAUUUAAAUAUAACGUCAAUGACAUAAAAGAUCCUGUACAGUAAAUAAGAUAACAUAAGUUACGUGGUACUUUGCGCUGAAAUUAUUUAAAUAUACAUUACAAUAAAUAAAUAAGAGAAAGUUGAAUAUUCAGUCUAUUAUUUAUAUAAUCUACACUUUAAAUAUCCAUCUAUUAAAUGAAAUAAUACUAUGAGAGGGAAGCACCAUAGGAGUGCUCUAUAGAUUUUUGUAUCAUGAGUUUAUAUACAAUUGAUUUUGCUACUCAGCU